GAAACGGCGCGCGGUGACAGCUGGGAACUUCAACACACUCAUACAGGAAGACAACGCAGAAGGGGAGCCCAUAACACACCCAUUCACAUCAAAGACUACCUUGGACAAUUAUAACAUUUUUCAGACGUUGACGGCAUGGCAGAGUUGGCGGGUCUAGUACAGCGUCUAGAGGUGGCCGUAGGCCGUCUGGAGGCCAUGUCCUCCUCUGGGGCUGGAGGAGGCCCUGCUGCUGGAUCUGGAGCGGUGGCAGUGUAUGUUGAAGCCUUUGACAACUUGAUCUCCGGCCCUGUGGCUCAGUACGCUGCCCUCAGUCAGAAGAUAGGGGGCGACGUCCAGAAACAUGCGCAGAUGAUGAAGCAAGCCUUCUCCUGUCAAAGACAGCUGAUGGUCACUGCGUCGUCCUCUCAAAAACCUUCUGAUCCAGUCUUGACCUCUCUGCUGGCCCCUGUAUCUAAAGUAAUCCAGGAAGUGCAGGCGUUCCGAGAGAAGAACCGCUCCUCACCUUUGUUCAACCACCUCUCUGCAGUCAGCGAGAGUGUCGCCGCCCUCGGCUGGGUUGCCAUGGCACCAAAACCAGGCCCCUACGUGAAGGAGAUGCAGGACGCUGCCAUGUUUUACACGAACCGUGUGCUCAAGGAUUACAAGGAAAAAGAUAAAACUCAUGUGGAGUGGGUACACGCCUAUGUGUCCAUUUGGAAUGAGCUGCAGGCCUACAUCAAGCAGCACCACACCACCGGACUAAGCUGGAGCAAGACCGGUCCAGUUGCUUCCGCCUCUGGUGCGGCCCCCAAAGGAGGAGCUCCAGCCCCACCUCCUCCAGGCCCUCCUCCUCCCCCCAUGGACUUCGACAAGGGAUCAGGUGGAGACUCUGGGCCAGUCAGUCACAAUGCUCUCUUUGCCUCCAUCAACAAAGGAGCUGAUAUUACCAAAGGACUGAAGCAUGUGUCUGAUAACCAGAAGACUCAUAAGAAUCCUGCACUAAAAUCCCAGGGAGGUCCAGUGCCAUCUGGACCCAAACCUUUCACUGCUCGCCCCACAGCAUCUGCCAGCCCGGCCCGCACUCUGCCCCCCGUGCUGGAGCUAGACGGCAAGAAGUGGAAAGUGGAAAACCAGGAAGGGGCUCAUGGCCUUGUGAUCAGUGACACAGAACUGAAACAGGUUGUUUAUGCCUUCAAGUGCAACAACAGCACUUUAAAUGUAAAGGGAAAGAUCAACUCCAUUACUCUAGAUAACUGUAAGAAACUGGGUCUUGUCUUUGAUGAUGUUGUGGGUAUCAUUGAGGUGAUCAACUGUAAAGAUGUAAAGGUCCAGGUGAUGGGUAAGGUGCCAACAAUCUCCAUCAACAAGACUGAUGGCUGCCAUGUUUACCUGAGCAAAGACUCACUGUCGUGUGAAAUCGUGAGCGCUAAGAGCUCAGAGAUGAACGUGCUGGUGCCCAACAAAUAUGGAGAAUUUACUGAGAUCCCGGUCCCUGAACAAUUCAAGACUGUAUGGGAUGGUAGCAAGCUGGUUACCACGGCAACUGAGAUUGCUGGAUAGACCAUCAGCCUGCAUGAGACCACCCCCAUUGCAGUGUCCUACCUGACUGACCAAGAGCUUAAACUACAAAGUAGAAUGGAAUGCCAACCAGAUCCACAUUCCUUUUGGCCAAUCACAGCGGCAAUCUUUCUUCAGCUAUUUAAAUGACUGCUUGUACACCAGAAGCACUUGCUCAGCCAAUGGCAGGCCUCGAUUCUGUUCCAUUCCAUUUGAUAAACCAAGCAUUUGAAAUUGAUUGCCAACAUUUUUUUUUUCAGAUGGUCAUGCUUAAGAAAGUGUACACAUAAAAAGCCAACAUGAGGAAUCAUUUUAUCAAUUUUGGUGUAUUUGUCUUAUUUCCAAUUUUUUCUGUUAUCAUUUUGCAGUCAGGGGGCAGGUGGUUGGGGAGGUCAGUGAUUUCAGUGUGACAUAUGCAAUUCAGACCUGAAGCACACAGGUGCCCCUCGUCAGAUGACCACUUAUUCAGACAUUUACUGUAUCUUUAUUCAUUUUCUAGGAGUUACUAUACUAAAGAUUUGUGUCAAAUCUUGGAGAACUAAUUGGCAAAAGCAACGAGUUACAUGCAGGAUCAUAGAUAUUUCCAAUCAUGAUGCCGAUACAAUAUAUUGAUUAGAAAAUUAGAUGCUAUAGAAAGUCUUUUUUCCUUCUUCGUUUCAUAUCGUAUUCCAGAGCACAUGGCACAUUCCUUUUAGUGUGAAUAAUUGAACAUUCCAUAGUUCAUGAUGGAGGGGUGUGGAAAAUGUAAUGUCUUGUGUGUUUUGGCACAAACUGGAGAACAGGCAGAGAAGUAUACAGAUAAAGCAUAAUGUUGUGAAGCUUGCGGUACUGUCAAUGUUGAAUUAAGGGCUGUCUCGUCUGAUAAUGAUGACUAUCUGCUGUAAUAACUUGUACAGAUAAUGGCUUUACACAAAGAUUUGUGUCCACCUCUCGCUCUCAUUACACGCUUUAACUUCAAUUUACUUCCAUAAUAUUAAGGCCAUAGCCCUUUGAAAUUUCUUUUGUACAAUUUGUCUUUCUUUUAUUUGGCCAAGUUAAAUUUUUCAUUAGUACUGGAAAACAAACAUAAUUAAAGUUGUUGCAAUAAAUAA